AUGCAGUGCCUUUUGGUGGUGGUAUCUUUGACCUUCUUUCUCGGAAUGAAUCAUUGUUCUCCUCGAUCCCGUAGAGAUGUGAACCUGGAAGCAAAGAUGAACAUCAGUGAAAUAAUAACAUAUUGGGGAUAUCCCAGUGAAGACUAUGAGGUUAUGACUGAAGACGGUUAUAUCCUAGGGAUUUAUAGGAUUCCUUAUGGAAAAAAUCAUACAAACAAUUCAGAUCCGAAGCCUGUCGUAUUCUUACAGCAUGGCUUGCUGACAUCAGCCAGCAGCUGGAUUUCAAAUCUACCAAACAACAGUUUAGGCUUCCUUCUGGCAGAUGCCGGAUAUGAUGUGUGGAUGGGGAACAGCCGAGGAAACACAUGGUCCAGGAGACACGCAUUCUUAUCAACAGAUUCAGAUAAAUAUUGGGCUUUCAGUUUUGAUGAAAUGGCAAUAUAUGACCUUCCAGCUACGAUUGACUUCAUUGGGAGGAAAACUGGACAAGAGAAAAUGUAUUAUGUAGGCCAUUCCCAAGGCACUACUAUCGCCUUCAUAGCAUUUUCCACUUUGCCAAGGCUGGCUCAAAGAAUCAAAAUCUUCUUUGCAUUAGCUCCAGUUAUCACCAUUCGAAACACAACGAGUCCUUUGAUUAAAACUGCAUAUGCUUUAAGGACGUUGCUCAUGGUCAUUUCUGGCAAACGAGAAUUUUUGCGAAAUUCCUUUUUUAACCAAUUCAUUGGCACCAAGAUUUGCAGCGUACCUCAUUUGGACGCCAUUUGCAGUAGCUUUUUGUUUCUGCUGUGUGGAUUUGAUUUCAAAAAUUUAAAUGUCAGUCGCUUAGACGUGUAUUUAUCACAAAACCCGGCUGGUACUUCAGUUCAGAACAUGCUACAUUGGCUUCAGGAUUAUGCCACGGGUGAUUUUAAAGCUUUUGACUGGGGUAAUCAGGACUUGAAUAUAAUGCACUUUUACCAGAGUACUCCUCCAGCAUACAAUGUGUCAGAAAUGCAAGUGGCCACCGCAGUCUGGAGUGGUACGCAGGACUUGUUGUCAGACCCAGAUGAUAUCAAAGAAUUACUGCCUAAAAUCACAAACCUCAUUUAUCACAAGAUAAUUCCAUCCUACAAUCAUUUGGAUUUCAUUUGGGCAAUGGAUGUACCUUGGGAAAUUUUCUAUGAAAUCAUUAUUAUGAUAAAAAAAACACUGUAA